ACAAAUCCCAUGAUUCCAAUGCUUCUUUAAUAGCAUCAUCCAGGAGCUACUGGAUCGCUCGGGUAAAACUGGAGGAUUGAAGCUGAUUGUGUUUACAUGAUUUUUGGCUCUUCCUGAAAGCAGAAGGGUGGAACAGCGAUGAAAAUGGACUUAAAUGCCAUCAUAGAGAAGAUGGAAACAGGCGAUCAGGACGCCGCACUGACAGCUCUACAGACCUUUAAUAAGGAGAAAUCACAGUGUUUUUCAUUUAACUCUGGGGAGGAGGAAGACAGAGAGCAUCUGGGCGAGUUAGUGCUGGGCUUCCUGGAGAGAGACCUCCAGCCGUCCUGUCAGUUGGCCUGCUUGGAAACCAUCCGCAUCCUGUCCCGUGACAAGAAGAGCCUGGCUCCCUUUGCCACCCGCCACGCCAUGCAGAUCCUGAUCCGACAUGCUGGCCUUGGUCAGGGUGAGGGCGUCACGCCCGAAAUCCCAGACCUGGAAGUGAUCGUGGAGGCCCUGAAGUGCUUGUGUAACAUCGUGUUCAACAGCGAGGCGGCUCAGGAGGCGGGGGCGGAGCUCCAGCUGAUCGUGGGAUUGGCCGAGAGGCUGAAACAGUGCCGUGAAACGCAAUGGAACCACGACGUGCGAUUCUUUGACCUGCGCCUCACGUUCCUGAUCACCGCCCUGCGCGUGGAUAUAAGAGCCCAGCUGGCACGUGAGCUGCGGGGUGUUAGUCUGCUGUCAGAGGCUCUGGAUGCCACGCUCGGUCUCUGCUGGCCCGACAGUUACGAGGUGGCACGUGCAGGCUUUGACGGCUGCUCAGAGCUGCCCCCGCUGGGGAGGCAGGAGACGGAGCGAGCCAUGGAGAUCCUGAAGAUCCUCUUUAACGUCACCUUUGAUUCCAACCGCCGUAAGGUGGAUGAGGAGGAGCAGCCUAACCCUAUGGAGGGAAUGACUGAAGAACAGAAAGAAUACGAAGCCAUGAAACUGGUCAACAUGUUCGAUAAACUCUCCAGGGAGCAGCUGAUCCAGCCAAUGAAAAUCGGAGCUGAUGGUAAAAUGACUUCAUUGGAGCCACAAGAGCUUCAUUAUUUAGCCAGCCAACAGUUUGGAGAGUCCAAUAAUUCUGACAGCGACAGUGACACAAACUAAUUCUCCUGAAAUGAGUCUUGAGUCUUUUAACAGGAAGGAUAGGAUUGUUUAUUUAAUUCUAAUCAAAAGCAGAAGCUUAUGGUGAGUCAUAUAAAAGAAUUGAAUCGUUUGACACUCGAAGAUUUAAAUGCUUUGUUUUUAUUCCAAAGGAAAACACUUGGUGAUUGUUAUUUCGUAAUUCAGGUUUAUUGUAUUGGCCUGUCUUUUCUGUACAAUGACAAUGGUAAUAUUUUCUGUACAAUGACAAUGAAAACAAGGCUUGGUUGCACAGUGCUAGUUUAUUCAUAUAGCAGGAUUCAUGUAAUGGAACUCCAAGAUAUACAUCACAGAUUUUAUUUUUCAUUUAGAACGUGGUCUGAGAAGAAAACAAAUGUGACACUGGGUGAUGACAGUGACGGAGCCUUGAUAUUUAUUUAUUUAUUCAUUAAUUUGGUUUUAGGAUGAGCUGAGAUUUUUAAGUUACAAUAAAUAUCUAGUUUAUGAGAUGUGAUCAUUUAUGAGGAACGACAGUUCAGCAUUUUUUUGUUUUACCCAGGAGCAUAUAAAGCCUCCUGUGAUCAACUUUUCUUUUGUUCUGUGUGGUAAAAGGAUGAAUUACUGUAUAUUGUUGUUGGUGGCCCGUGUAGUUAUGUGUGAAUGACUGAAGGGAAUGUUGAAUCAUUUAUAUCACAUUAUGUUUAAAGAAAUUUAUUGUGAGAUGAUAAUAAAAGCUGAAUUUGU